AUGAAAUUAUUUUUCUUAAUCCAUAGAAGAUUAAAAAGUGAAAUUAAUAAUUAUGAGUGUAUAUCAAAUUCCUUUUUAAUUAAGUUUUAUUUAUAUAACUUUUCUAAGAUAAAUAUUGACGUAUAUUGUAAGUUGAUAACUUUACUUAACAACUACGAAAAUUGUGCCGAAUCAAAUAAUAUUUUAAAUGUUCCUUAUUUUAAAGAUCCUAAUUUAGUUUUAUAUAAUUAUUUUCAAUUUUUAAAUGAGCAAAAUGCAAAAAAGAAAUUAUUAAAUUUAUUAAUGUUGUUAUAUUCAAGAAAUAUAAGAGAAUAUCAAGAUAAAAAAAAUGACUUUUACAAUUCAUCUAUAUAUGUUCAUAAUUUUGUUUUCAGAAAGUUUUUUGACUUUCAUUCUAGCUUUUAUUUUAACAUAAAAGAAAAAAAAGAAACAGUAAGUGUCAUAAAUAAAUACAAUUUAUAUACUGAUUUCUUUUUGUAUUCAUUGGAUUUUUAUUUAUUUCAUUUAUCUAAAAAUUGGAAUAUUCUAAGCAUUGAAAAAUUAAAUAUCCUUUCAAAUAUUUAUUCAAAUAUAAACAUAUCUAGAAACUAUGAAAAUCCUGUGCAUUUAGAAGAUAAUAUAAAAGGAAAAUUAUAUAAAUAUGAUAAAGUAGAUAAAAUGGUUAUCUAUAAAGAUAGUAAUAAUAAUAAAUACGAAACAGUUGAUGAUACUAUAAAAAAUGUUGAUAUAAAUAAUAAUAUCUUAGCUAUAUUUGAAAACAAUUUAAACAAUAAAAUAUGCCUAUUAUAUAUAUAUAUAUCUAAAUGUAUAAUUUAUCAAACACAUACAUACAUAAUAAAGAAAAGAAAAGAAUUUCAAAAAAAAAUUUCCAUUAAUGAAUUAAUGUUAAAUAAUAUUAAUAUUUGUAAGAAUAUUUUAAAUCACAUUUUAUGUAAAAGUAUAGAAGAACAAUAUAUAAUAUAUAAAACUUUAAAAAAAAAAUACAAUGAUAAACUUUUAAAUAUAAAUAUUUUAAAAAAUUAUUUUAACGCUGUUAAAUUCUUAAACAUUAUAAAUAUAAAAAAAUAUGUUUAUAUCAUAAUUUAUUUAUAUUUUAAUACAUUUUUAUUUAAUAAAUCUAUUUAUUAUUCUUCUUUAAUAUUUUAUUUAUUACAAAAAUAUAAUUUGCAAUAUACUUAUAUUCAUAAUAUUUUAUUGAUAAAGUUUAAUUUGUUUUUUUUGAAUUACAAAGUUCUUAAUGAUUUUAAUAAGAUAAUAAUAUUAGAUGGAAUUAAUAAAUAUAUUAGCGCACUUUUAAUUUCUGAAAUAAAAAAAAAGGACAAAACAGAAAAAAAGAAUAUAAACUUUUUAUUUCCUGAUGAUUUUUAUAAUAAUAUUUAUAAAAAGGAAUAUUUAGAAAAUUUAAAAAUAUACCAUACAUUAUACAACGAAAUAUAUAACUUUAAAAAAAAUGCACAUUCUUUUUUAACAUAUUUUGAGUAUAGCAUUUUUAGUUUAUUCAAAUAUCUAUAUUACAAUAUUCCAUGGAUAGAAAGAAACAAUAACAAGAAAAAAAUAAUAAAUUUUCAGAAAUAUUAUAUACAAAAAAAUGGAUAUUUUGUAAUCAAAAAAUAUAACAAUUUUUACUUGCCUUUAUCAGAAAUGCUUUUAUCAAAUAUCAUACUAUUAUCAGUUUAUGUUCAAAAUUGUUUGCCAAUGCUCUUUUCGUUGAUUCAAAAAGCUCAUAUUGUUUAUACAAAAAAGGUAAAAAAAGGUAAACCUUCUCUUUUUUGCAAAAGAAUGAUUUCCAUAAUAAACGAAAAUGGGAAUGAAAAUAAUUCUUUAAAAAGAAAAAAAAAAUUUUUGUUUAGAAUAUUUUACGAAAAUGCUUGUAACAAUUACACCUACAAAAAAUACACAAAAGAAAAAGUAAAAAACGUAAACCCUUUUUUAACAUUUUUGUUUUAUAUAUAUGAAAUGUUUAAAUAUAAAAUUAUAAAAAAUCAUGAAAUUGAGGAAAAACAACCUAAUAAGAAUAAAAAAUACUUGGAAGAAUCACAUAUAUUUAAUAAUAUAAAAAAAAAUAAAAAUAACAAGAUUCAAACUAGUCUAACUCACUAUUACAUAAGUAGUAAUUUAAAAAAAUUAAAGGAUUCUAAUUUAUUUAAUGAGAAGAAUAUUUUAACCUUUUAUUGUGAUAUAUAUUUUAAUAAUAAUGUAAUUGAAGUAAAUGGUCCUAAGCAUUUUUUUAUUUACUACAAUUUUCAAAACAGUUAUGCAAGUUAUUUUAAUCCUUUUAUUAUAGAAAAUAAGGACAUAUUUGAAUAUAAUUAUAUUUUUCCUUUUUUUUUUAAUACUACAAGUGUCUUAAAUUUAAAGGAUAAUCAAAAUAAUUACUAUUUGUAUAAUGAAAAAAGUAUUAAGAAGAAUUUUUUUUUGUAUAUUUCUGGUUAUUUUAUAAAACAUAUAAAUUAUAAUGACAAAAAUAUCACAGAUUAUAAGUAUUUAUAUAAUAUAAUAUUUAAAAAAAAAUGUGAAUUGUUUUUUAUUUGA